AUGGCUACAACAGAAACAACGCGCAGCCUGUUAAUGAAUCUUCCAAAAGAGUUAGUCCUCGAGAUCGCAGAAUUUCUCGACUUACCAGAGCUCAACUCAUUUCUAUAUCUGUCUCUCUACACCGGCUAUUCUCCAAGUCUAAGGACUAAAGGCAAAAUUGGCGUAUUGCUGGAAGCUACACGUAAUCGCCAUGAGAAUGUUAUCAAGCUUCUCCUAGACAUUGGGUUACAACCGGACCACACUGAUACCGGAGAAACUGCUCUUCAUUUUACAGCCUAUUCCGGCCAGGAAAAUGUUGCAAGAGUACUUCUAGACCAUGGUGCUAAUGUAUCGGCCGUGAAUGGAGCGAAGACCCUGCUGGCAUUGGUCCUAACUUACAACAGAUUAACCAUGGUGAAGCUAUGCAUAGAAAAAGGUGCAGAUCCGGACGCAUCUGCAGGCGGGAAGACAGUUUUAUGGGCUAUCCCUUAA